AUGCCUCGCAUAGAGCAUUGCUCAUUCUGCUCCAAGCCGGUGUACCCAGGCAAGGGGAUAUGCUUUGUGAGAAAUGACAGCAGGGUUUUCCGCUUCUGCACAAGCAAGUGCCACAGGAAUUUUAAGAUGAAGCGUAACCCUAGAAAGGUUCGCUGGACAAAGACGUAUCGUUUACUGCACAACAAGGACAUGGCCACCGACACCACGUAUGACUUUGAGAGAAGACGGAACCGAGCCGUUAAAUAUGAUCGUAACCUUUGGGAGAAGGCCGUGCAUGUGAUAGACCGUGUAACGGAGAUUCAAUACGCCAGGACAAAGCGUCAUAUCAACAGCAGGAAGCGUGAACACGCACUUAAGAUGCUCGCGACUAAAAGUGCCCAGAAGCAUGGAUUCAGCGCAACAAUGGACUUCAACUCGGUAGACCCGCUUCAGAUGGCUGCGGUGGAGAAGGUGAGAAUGAAGAAGAAGAUCAAGGAGCGUCCAUAUCGCCCUAUUCUCCGCCAAAAGGAGAUCGAGGCGCGUGAGCGAUUGAAGGCGGUCGUAGAUAGCGAGGUUAAACAGCCGGUAUGA